AUGCAGGUUAUGAUCCAAGUCGACAAUAUCAACCAAACAAUGGAUGCAAAAAUCAUCGAUGGCGCAAACUUGAAAAUUGCCAACAAGAUUUACGUUGCGGGAGCUCCCGAAAACGUGAUCAGAAAACUGCCAGGCAAUACUGUGACAGAUAGGUUCGUCGGAUGCCUCAAGAACAUCCAGUACAGCACCAAAGAAGGAGGACUUCCGCUAACACUUUCGAAAUGGGCGGAUGAGAUUCUAAAUGACCAGCGCCAAGAACGCAACUUUGUUCUAAAGGGAAAACCGACCAUUGGUUGCAGGCUAACAACGGCAAAGACUUUGUCGUUUGUGACGUCUGAGAGCUUCGUGAAGUUACAGUCCCAAGUUCUCGUCAAAAACCCUGGUUCAUUCUCAAUCAGCUUCUUUUUCAGAACACUCAAAUCCGAAGGCCUUCUUCUCAUCACUUCCGGAGCGUAUACUCCCAAGGGAUCAUUUGCAUCAGUUGAACUCUACAAAGGAAGACUUAGCGCCGUUUUCAGAGAUGCGAAAGGAAAUCUCCAAAUAAGCCAGUCAAAAGCAUCGAGGCUACAUGACGGGGACUGGCACUUAUUGAAGAUCCUAGCUGAUAACUCUGGUGCGAAAGUAACGAUUGAUGGUGAUACUAGCACGAUGAACAUCGGCGGACUUGGUAGCAUCGGAGAGGUCUAUUUGGGAGGUUUUGAUACUGCCGUCGUUCCUUCAAGCUUCAUCUUUCCAUCGGAAUUGCGUCUCGCUUUUGCGCAAAUAGGCUUUAUGGGAUGCAUCAAAGAUGUCACUUUUGGAGAGAAGGCGAUCGAACGGGCCUAUGGAACGGAAGAAGGAUGCUGUGAAGCGAAGCCACCACAGACUUGUCGAUCUACGGAUUGUGCAAAUGAUCCUUGUCUGAAUAGGGCCAAGUGCAUGCCCUCGCCUUACGCAGGGUUCACCUGCAGCUGUUCGGGAGAAGCUGCGGAUUGGAAUGGUCGCCGGUGCGAACUCAAAGCUAAUUACGAGAUAUUUGGAAGAAACAACGAAGUCAAGGUGCUGUUUCCUGGAGAGGGAAUCACGUCAGAAACAGAUGUUAUAUCACUACGAUUCUCUUCCAAUUCUGGGAACGGAGUUUUGAUUUCUGCAUCGGGAGACAACGGACAAUAUGGUUACCGACUAGAAAUUAUCAACGGCCGUCUCCGACUCGAGAUCAGAAUGGAUGGUGCCGCCAAAACGAUCGAGUGCGGCAGGGACUUGGACGAUGGCCAGUGGCGGACCAUUAUGAUCAGGCGUGACAAAAGAGUGGCCACUCUUGAAUUGCGGACAAGCAACGACCAAAAGGUGCCCAACUGCGAUAGCAAGGUUGAGGUCUCAACGAUGGUGGAGAAGAUGAAGCUUCAAAACUUUGUCAUCGGAGCCGGCAAAUCCAAGCCACAAUUUAAUGGGACGAUCCAAAAGCUAAAAUUCAACGGAAACGAACUAAUCGAACAAUGCCGAGCGGCGCAAGAUCAACAAAAGUCGCUACCGGACGGUUUUACUUGUUCGAUGCCUAACCGGCCAAAGAUCAAUACUCAGAUGCCGAAUCCGUCAAAUCCGUUUACGUUUCUGACUCGUGAAGCGUUUCAACGAACUGACAGCAAAAUUCGCGCAGAUAUUCUUUGGAAAAGCUCGCGGAAAUAUCAAGUCCAGAUUGAGCUCAGAACGACAGAAGAAGACGGAUUAAUAUUUUGGGCGGGGCCAGCUGAUCUUGUUAAUCAGGAUGAACGAACGCUCAUCCUCGACCAGAUCAAUAAGAAAGCAAAAGACCCGAAUGUUAGCUGGGCCGUCCUGGAAAUCGUGAAUGGAAGAGUUCAUUGGAUCUGGAAAUUAAAAAGAAGAGCGCCGCAAGUGAUGACUUCGAAUAAAGUCAUAAGCGACAACGAGUGGCACUCGAUUCAAAUAGACGUAACAGAAGGCUCUGUUGGGGACCGCUCUUCAGCGUGGGAUAUCAAUAUUGAUAAAGGACGCAGCCAAGCCGAGCAAUUGCCUUUACGUAACAUUGGGCCAAAAGGAAAAUGGGAAGGCUUUCUGGAUAACAGUGCGGUCCUCGUCGGUGGACUGCCAAAAUACCUCUGGGGAACCACGGGCUCACCUGUAACGUCAACAGAAGGUUUCCUCGGCUGCGUCGGUAAAAUAAAACUCAACGGGAACACGAUGUUCCUUGAACGACGAGCGCGACAGAUUGAAAAAGGAUGCAGCGGGCCACUGGUCGCAUGCAGUGCAUUUUACUGCAAAAAUGGUGGACUUUGCAGACAAGGCUGGGAUGGGCCCAAAUGCGAUUGCUCUGGAACUUCUUUUAUUGGUGAUACCUGCACAAAACUGGUUGGCGGGCGCGGCGAGUUUUCCAGGGCAGUCGUGCUCGUGCCGCUGCCUUCGGAGGAUUCGCUCUCCACGGACCUGAUCUCUGUACUGAUCCAGGUGCCCGAUAAGGACACGGCCCAAGUCACUAACAACGAGCCGAUCUCCGGACUCCGUUCGCCAAAAAACGAAACCGGGACCGUGGCGACCGUGCAGACAAUUCUGUCUGUCGCAUCAAGUGGCACUAACGACGCCCUCAAGCUCACUCUCGAGGAUGGAAGGCCUAAGUUUGUUUAUGAUAUUGGUGGCGGAGAAACGACCAUGAAAUAUCCGAAGAGAAUCGACGAUGGGCAAUAUCAUCAAAUACGAAUCAAAAGAGUUGAAUCAAAUGCAACAAUGAUUGUCGAUGAUCUACCUGCUGUCACAUCGUCAGGAAAUAACAAAUACUCUGUUUUCAAUUCGCAGUCCGAAAUACAGAUCGGCGGGCGACUCACCGACAAUGAUGUGAUCCUGGAUCCGUUCAAAGGAAAAAUCCUCGGGGUCAAUUUCAACAAAUUCAAAGUCCUCGAAGCCGUCCAAAAAGGCGAAUCAAAGGCCGCGCGGAUAAUUGGAGACGUAACUGUCUCUGCAAUUGAGAGCAAUUUCGACCCAAAAAUCCCAACAUCUACUACGCAGCCGCCAACAACAACGACGGCGGCGCUUGUCCAAGAAAUCACGAGUUAUAGCCUGGCGAUGAACGACUCUGCUGGAUUUUCGAACGCGACGAUGACCAAAGACCCGGACUCGUCUACUCUAACAACAACAUUUUUCACAGUUGCCUUUGCAGCCGGAGUCUUGCUCGUCCUAAUCGUCGCGGGACUUGUCUUCUACAGGUUCAGGAGGCAUUCAAAAGACGACAUCCCAGCCGUCGUGCCGGGAAUAAAGCCAAAACCUCAAAAAGGAAAUCAACCGCCUGGAAAGAACUCUGAAUUUUACGUCUAA